AUGUCAUGGGAGCUACUAUUGAACGAUGGGCAGAUCGUCCAGUAUGUGAACAAUUCAAAUAUCAAAGACCUCCUCCAAGACGAAGAACGAAUGAAAGUUACUCGAUCUCCCAACGCUGAAAGAGCGUCCUCUCAGCUGCAACAAAGAGCAAGUGCCCCAGUGUUUCCCACACGGCCAGGACCAUCUUCAGACACCUCUUCCGUCUUGCUAGAAUUCUAUCCUGAUCCACAACUCGCCCUUCGGCUAUGGGCAGUGUACGUUAAGUCUGUCGAUCCGGUACUGAAGAUUUUGCACAUACCGACUACACAGUCCGCCGUCAUAGCGACAAUUCUAGACCCCAAAACCGCAGGAGCGUCAAUGGUGGCAUUGACAUUUGCGAUCUAUUUUGCCGCGAUCACAGCUCUUGGUUAUGGUGAUGAAUCUAUUGAGCUGCCCUUGGAGAAAUCAGUACUCUUGAAGCGCUACAAGACCAUCUUGGACAGGCUUCUCUUAGCGACAGAUCUGAUGAAUCGACCGGAGAUGACGGCAUUACAAGCUCUCGCAAUUUAUGUGACUUGUUUACGGGUCCAUGAAACUGGCCGGAGUGUAUGGGUCCUCAAUGGACUAGCCAUCCGGUUAGCCCAAUCUAUUGGGCUACACCGAGAUGGUGCUUGUCUCCAACUGAGUCCGUUUGAUACCGAGAUGCGUCUUCGUCUGUGGUGGCAUCUUUGUGUGCUCGACUCUCGUGCCCCGGAGGAUCAAGGAUUCGAGCUCAGUCUCGAUGUCCUCAACCAGGGGCUACGGCUUCCUCUGAAUAUUGACGAUAAUCAGAUAUUUCCAAAUAUGACACAACUUCCAAAUGAGACAGAGGGCUGGACCGAAAUGUCCUUCUUUUUGAUUCAAACUGAGUCGUGCAGGCUACUACAUCCGGUUCUUGGGACUCGAGAGCAGUGCUCUGCGGAAACUCUUAAAGAUAUCACAGCAAAGAGGAAGAUGAUUCAAGAGCGCACUCAAUAUGUGUCCAAUAAAUACGGCAUUUCGUCCAAAACACCAAGCGGUCUAUCCCUCGUUGCAAUACAACAUUUCACUACUGCCUGCAAGAAAAUGGAGUUCAUGCUUCAACUGCGGGAAGAGAUCAGCAUGCGAAAGCGGAAAGGCUUACAAGGUGAUGCUACUGAUGUGCUCAAGCCAUCUUUCAGGUUGGCAUGUGAAGUGCUGGAAAGUAAUUACAUUUUAUUGAAGGAAGGUCUUUCUUUAGGAUUCAAGUGGCUUUUCACCACAUAUACUCAGUGGUACGCCCUCGCUUACGUUUUGCGCUGUCUCUGCAGCUCUCCUUGUGGACCAGAGGCAGAACGUGCCUGGGCUUUGGUUGAAGAAGUCUUCCCUCACGAAAUGAGCGUCGAUGGUUAUUCGGCGGGGACCCAUGAUGAAUAUGGCCAUGGUAGUAUUUGGAAAUGUCUUGCUUUGCUCAGAUAUCAGGCUUUAUCAUUGAAACAUGCUCAGCUACCCACAGAUGGCGAGAUCCAACCGCCUGAAUGUCGCGCUUCCCAAGGUUUCAGGGUUGUCGAGCAUCGUCAAGAUACUGAAAUUCCGCCAAUCCACACGUCAGCGCACAUGACAUCUCCCACAGAUUUUGGAGUAAUCCACGAGCAGGAGUUUAUUGCCGACCCCAAUCAAAACAUCUUCUCAUCUUUGGAUUUUUCAGUGUCAGAGAUUCCAUUUUUGCCGGAAUGGAAUGCGGUCAUCAACGGCUGCCUGGACAAUGGCGAUAACUCGGCUGUAUUGUGA